AUGUUCAACCGCCUCAAGAACUUCAAUCUCGAUGCCCUCCUGGACAGCAAGAUAGCAGAGGAGCAAGCGAAGCAGGCUAAACAAUCUCAGUCACCGAAACGAUCUGGAAGCAAUGCCGGAGCAAGGAGAAAUAGUGGUCGGACAGACUCGCCUGCUCGAAGGGCCGGAAGUAGAUUGAGGGCUGCGGAUGCUGGCGAUGCUGUCGUGACGGGAAAGAGCCCCGAUCCGGAGGACUUCGUGAUCGGCGACGAUGCUUCCGACAUCUCGAGGGUGGCUACGCCAAUGCCGACGAAGGAAAGUGCGGAUGGACCACAAGAUGAAGAAGGCAAGAAGGAUGUCUCUGCGUCCACCAACCAGAAAGGGAAGGAGAAGGCCGUAGAGGAAGACGAGCUGCCCGACGAUGUGCGCAAGAAGUUGGCCAAGCUGGAGACUUUGACGGGACGAUACCAGGAUCUUCUUCGCAACUACCGAACGGCACACGCUCGUGUGGUUGCUAUCGAGCCCUUUGAAGCUACGCUCAGAGAGCACACACCUCUGACAUCAAUACAAGAGCCGGGUGCGUUGGUCGAAUUCUUGAAUCAGCGAGCUUUGCAGAGCCAGAUGGUGCUAGAGGAGCUCAAAAGCGUGACUGGGGAGCGGGAGGAUUUGAAGACGAAGUUGCAGGAGGCGGAGAACAAAGCCAAGGAGGCCUUCGACGAGGCUGCCGGGUUACGAGAACAACGUCAGGGAAAUGCGAAGGACUCGAGGGAAACAACUCAUACAAGUGGUGGAGAUCCUCUUGGCGUCAGCCACUCUAGUGCCGCUGAGAAGACACCUGCAUCGGGCGAGGACGAGGAUUUCUUCUCGUAUGAUGCCGAGCAAAAGCAGGGAAUAGAGGAUGAGAUCAAAGCCUACGUGGCUGAGAUCCAGGAGCACAAGGAUUACAUCAAUGAACUCUCCACCGAGAACGCCACUUUACGCAAAGAUCUUGACAUGUGCCAGCUGAACCUCAAUGCCAUGGAGAACAAGGUCGGCGUGAAGGAUCGUGACCUUGACGGCGUCAAGCAGGCGCUAGGUGAAGCCAAGGAGGAGAUCGGCGCUGCAGGCAAGGCUCGCGUAGAAGCUGAAGAACAGGAGCACGAAGCUGCUGCUCUUCUCGCCCAGACUGAGGGACAGGUUCUCCACUUGCAGGAGCGAUUGAAGGGGUACCAGCAAUCGCUGCAGGAUCGUGAACAGGAGUUGAAGGAGAAAGCUGCGUUAGCGGAAGAGAAUCUGAAGAAGUAUCAGGACGAGCACGCCGAGAACCUCAAGAAGGGCACGUAUUCGCAACGCGACGAGAAGGGUAUUCAGACCUUGCGAGGUCUGGUGAACACGCUUCGCGAGCAAUCGCAGCAGGCAGAAAACAGUAAGCUGCAGGCUGAGGGCCAAGCACGCGAUCUACGUUUUGAGCUCAACAAAUUAGAGUCAGAGGCCAACACACGCGGCAACCUGCUUGAAAAGCUUCGGCACCAAGAAGGUGCAGCAACUGCUUUCAAGCGCAAAUUGGCCGAGGCUGAACAAGAGCGUGACGAAGCGCAACGCCUGGCAGACAGCAAGAAAGGUCAUGAAGCUUCGGCCGCGAGUUUGAGAGUCCAGCUCAAGACCGCUUUCAAGGAGCGUGACGAUGCUUAUCAGAUGAUUCUUGAUUGUGGCAAGUGUAAACUGCCAGAGAAGGAGCAUGAGAAGUUACCCGAGACGCCUACCCAGAUUAGCACUCCGGAGCCGCGAUCAAGAAUGGGAUCAGAGAGUACUGAGGUUACUGAGGCGUCGACACUACCUACCACGCCUGGCACACCGUCGGUGGACGGUGAGCCAGAGAGCACCGAGGCUAAGAAGAAGAACAAAAAGAAGAAGUCAAAGGCAAAGAAGAAGCCUCUUUCAGAAGCUGCGUCCGAGUCGACCACAACAGUUUCAGCACCAACAAUCGACAUCGAUGAACUCAUCGCCAACCCUGAAAAAGCCAGAGAGAUGCUCAAGCAAGAUGGUGCAGCGCAGAAUGUGGCCAGUCAACUGAUUCCGCGAUAUAUCGAGAAGCUUAGAUCCGAUACCGAGACGCAGCAUGACGGCCGAGAAGAAGUCAUUCACCACCACGAACAAGUGAUCGAAGAACGCAAUCAGACAAUCAGCGACUACAGCCGCCUUAUCCGCGAGAAGGACCAGGAGAUUGAGGCUCUUCGACAUGCCAUCGGGCGGAAGGAAGAAGCGAUCGAGCGACUUGAUCGGAAGUUGAAGGGCGAGGAGGAAUUGAAGGAAGAGAUCCAAUCAUUGAGGGAUGACAUGGUGGAGAUCGGAGCUCAAGCGACUGAUGCGAAGCACGAGCUCAAGAUUGUGCGAGAGCAAAAGCAAAGUGUGCAGCAUGAAGUUGAAGAACUCCAGAUCGAGAGUGAUCAGUUCCGAAAGGAAGCUAGGGAUGCUCAGGCGCAAAGAAACGAUUUGUCUAGCAGGUGCCAGGUGCUUGAGAAAGAGAUUGUGGCGUUGAAGGGUGCCCAGAGUUCUACUUCUACUGCUACAGCGGAGGAGUUGCAGGCUGUGAAGGAGAAGUUGAGUGGUGCAGAGAAGGACAAGGAGGCUUUACAGCUAGCGAAGGAGACGUGUGAGAAGCAGAUUGAGGAGUUAAAGACGCAGCAUGGGAUCGAUUCUACAGAGCGUGCCGCCAAGCACAAGUCGCUCGGGGAGGAGUUUGCGCAGCUGGAGUCGAAAGCAUCAUCGCUGGAGAAGGACCUCGCGGCUGCGAAUGAUCUGGCACAGACGAGGUUCAAGGAUUUGAGCGAGGUGAGAGAACACUCGAACAAGCUGCAGCCGGAAUUAAAGAGGUUGCGUGAAGAGGCUGCCGAGCUACAGACAGUGAGAGCAGAGCUAGAGAAGUCAGGUGCUUCGUUGAAGAGGCUAGAAGGCAAGGAGAAGGACCUAAGAUCCGAGAUCGCGGAGUACAAGUCCCAGGGCGUCACAAAAGAUGGCGAGAUUGCCGAGCUACGAGGGCAAGCUAAGCAGAGCGAUGAGCGUAGUAAAGCACUGGAAGAAUCAUACGAGAAUGCUCGACAAGAUCUCGAGCAGAGCCAAAGUAGGCGCGAUGAAGCUACAGAGGGCAGAGAUAAGAUGCAAGCGGAUCUCCAAAAGUCGGAAGGUGACCUUCAGCGCUCGAAGUCGACUCUAGCGGAAAUGGAACACCAACUCAAGAAGCUCCGCGACGAGGCUAACAAUCUUCGUGAAGACCUACAGCUGGCCCGGGCUCAGCAUGCUAGUGCGCAGAACUCCAUGUCGAACCAGCAGGAUCAAAGUCGAGAACUCGCCGUCCAAAUGCGCGAGGUCCGCGGUCGAAACGAGAGUCUUGAGGAAGAGCUGAUGGAAGCUCAAAGACUUCUACAGGAGAGGAGCAGAGAGGGUGAGACGAUGCGCCGGAUGUUGGAGGAAGUGGAGACGAGAGCUGAGCAAAGGGUCAGAGAGAUGAGGGAGCGCAUGGACUUGGCUGUUGAGGAGCGGGACAGGGUGGAAGACGAGGCUAAUACUGUUGGUCGUAGGAGGUCUAGAGAGCUGGAGGAGUUACGGACGAAGCUUCGGGAUGCUGAGCGGGAGGCAGCCAGGGCUAGCGAGGCAAAGGGUGAUGCCGAGAAGAAGGAGCGGGCAUUUCAGGACCAACAGAUUGACCUGGAGAAGAGGGCUGCGCGGGCUCAGGAAGAGCUGAGUGAAGUAAGAGAAGCAAUGGCGCAACUGAGGAAGAGUCUCGAUGAGAGUGAACGUCUUACUACCGCCCUGGAACGGGAGAAAGCGGAGGUGAAGAACGAGCUCGAAGAACGACAGACUCGACUCGAGAAGCUGCAGAAAUCCAGCAAAGCCAUGUCGGAGGAGCUGCGUACCUUGCAAGCAGGCAACAAGAUAAGACAAGGUAGUUUCCAGUCCUCGCAGCGAAGCUCGAUAGAUACUAGCCGCGUCAUGUCGCCCGGACCUCGCGCAGUGAGUGGGAGUGGCAAUGGGACGCCUGUUGCUAGUACAAGGGGUGGAGAUCAGAGUAAGGAGAGUAUCGAUUAUGUGUAUCUUAAGAACGUGCUGUUUCAGUUCUUGGAGCAGAAGGAGAAGAAGCAUCAGAUGCAGCUUGUGCCGGUUUUGGGGAUGCUUUUGCAUUUCGAUCGGCAAGAUCAGCAGAAGUGGGAGGCUGCUAUUGCUGCUCGAUGA